AUCAUUUUGAAACUUAACAGUAUACCAGAGCGCCCGUCCCAAUGCUGGUCGUUGGCGGAAAUAUUUUGCAGCUAUGCCUUUUUGGCAUAUUCAUGAUCUUGGAUGAGUCGUUAGCAUCGCCCAGAAUGUGCGGCAUGGAUUUUUAUGACAUAGAGCUAACCUCUUGCUGUAGAAUUCCUCCAAUUUUGACUCUCUACUCGCUAAAAGCCUGCGUUAAAAAUGAAAAUCAAAGGAUCGCUGACACCGAUCCAUUUUGUUUAUUUGAUUGCCUUUUUAAAAAUACAAACUUUGUGAAAAAUAAUGGGGAUUUGAACACGGAUGUGAUUUUGAAAAACUUUUCACGAGAGGUUCCUGAUAAUUCGUGGCUUCAACUAGUCACUAGCGCAGUCACUGUUUGCUCUAAUCGAAUUCAGAUAGAUGCAUCGUUGAAAAACGGAGAGAAAAACGGAUGUCAAUUGCAGCCAGGAUUGUUUGCUUUGUGUUUCCGAAAGUACAUUUUCGCAAAUUGUCCUGCCCAGUCUAAGCCGAAAACAGAUUCCAACUCGUGCACUCAACGACUUAUGUUGGCCGACAAAUGUGACCCUUUUGCCAUGGCUCAGGAUGAAUCGAUUGGUGUCCUUUCUGACGGGACGUUUGGAUCAGAAGACAAAAAACCACUGAGCAGUUCAUCAAAGAGACCCCAGGAAAUUUCAACACGACGCAGCACGGCCAAAACCACAUCAAGAGCUCCACUCCCGAUCACGGAGAUCAGCGUCAAACCAGAAGUAAAAACUGCGCGAAACGGAGGGAAUAAUAUAAAUAUAAACAGCUUAUCUGGAAUCGACCUGGGCAAUUCUGAGCAGGAAGCGGCAGCCGAAGGUCAGCAGGACGAGGAGGACGCGAGGCGCCCAGAACUGGCGGACGUAAGUGCCUCCUUGGUCACGAUCCAGCGUCAAAUCCGCAACAUUGAAACACUCGAGUCUGCACAAGCACGCGAAGAUCUUGCAGACAAAGUGCGCGAGGGCUUCGACGUUAUUGUGGAGGACGUUGAGCAGCUGGGGAGGGAAAAGCCGGAAGUGAUGCGUGUGGCGCCGCGGCUGGCGCGAAUCCGGGAGGAGUUGACGUCCUUCAGCGGCAUGCGCCUGACGGAAGGGUUGAGCGCGCGGCUUUUACUCGAGGUGGACUCGGUGCGAAAGGAGUUGCUGCAGGUAGCCACCAAUAUUCAGAAAGGCUUUUCGGACGUCGGCGAGUCCAUCAGGAAAAACGUGUCCAACGUCGCGUUGAACGUGGCCGAGGAGGCUGCCGGUUUGGGCACAGCAGUCGGCGCCGGUCUCAAGAACGCGGGCAACGCGAUCAAGGCGGGCGUCGACUCGGCGCAGAACGGAAUCGCGUCUCUCAGCAUGGAGAGUGCGGGACAAUUGCUGAAGAUUGGCAGCGAAGUUUCUGCCGGUGUGGCGAACGUAAAGAGCAGCUUUGAGCGGAUGCGCCAGGAAAGUUUUCAGCGCAUCAACGGCGCGAGCUCCGACCUGAGUUCCCAGUUGGUCAGCGGACUCAAAAGUCUGCACAAAUUGAGGGAUGAGUCCACCCAAGGUGCUCAGUCGCUCUCGAAAAAUAUACAGCAAAGUAUACAGGAGCGCCUUAAUGAAAUUACAAAGCAGUUUGGAAAUCUGAGGCUUACUCCUUAAUAAUCGAAACACUCAUAAUUGUUGAGUUUUGAUGUUUUAACCUAAGUUUACAUGCAAUCGAAAAAAAAAUUUUUGGGAACUUUAUUACAUAUAAACUGUAAACAUUUUUGCUAUAAAAAAUAACAUGAUUGUAAAUAUUCGAGAAAACUCUCUUAAUUGAUAAUGAGUGUCACAGCCCAAUUUUUAACAUUUUGCCGUAGUAUUAUCUAUGUCAUGAAGCUGUCAUGAAGGGAAUUUUUUUCUGGGACUUUCCAUUGGUUGUCAUCUUGGUCGUCGCCUGAGUGGAUGAAUUUUUAUGUUUACAUAAAAUAUUCUGCUUGCCUGGUUUUAAUGGAAAAAUCGCGAUCAAAUAUUUUAUUUUUGUAUGUGGAAAGAGAUACUGAAGUGGGUACCAUUUGGGUCCGUACCAUGCAUUUAUUCCGUUGACCGAUAUGUGAAUAUUUACAGGAGAUGAAACCUUGUUAAAUUUUAGUUGCAGGGCUCCACGUGACGUCAGUCGCACAUGUUUUUAAAGAAUUCUUCGUAAAUUAUGAUAUCGGAUGAUAAUAACUUUCUGCACGAAGUGUAUAUUAUCCUGAAUUAUCUGAUAAACAAUUCCAUGCACGGCUUUGCCAUUUUAUUGCACUUCGCUUCAAUAGAAACUAAGAUUUAUUUGGAGCAU